CAUGACCUAGAUUUCAUAAUAUUGGCAGGUAAAAAUUUAAAGAUCAUAAGUAGGUUGUUUGAUUUCUACCUGGUGUGCUGAAGUCUUUCAUUCCACCAUGGGAGAGCAAAUGGUAUAUGAAAAUAGGCGUCGUGGGUCUAUGGAGAAGGUGGAAUAUGAUGAUGAGAGUGGACGCGGAUCUGUAGAUAAAAUAAGUUUUAGUGAUGAGAGACGCCGCCAUUCAAUGGACCAAAUGGAUAGAUUUGAUGAAACUGAAAAAUACAAUAAGCCAAAUGCAUUUUACAAACGUGAGAAAAUAAUGCUCAUUGUGGGAAUAUGUUGUACAGUAGCUGCCGUGGCCAUGUUAAUUGUCUUUGGUGUGGUAUAUACAUCCAAACAUUGGCCCACGAGGCUGUAUUGGGGCACAACAUGCAGAGUUGUUGACAGUAAAUUCACAGCUCUUGACAUUACCUGUGGGUGCCCAGGGAUUGACUGUAGAGGUUAUUACCCCUGUUUGGAGGUUCAUGUAGAUUAUAAUGAUCGUUACAACCAACCACGAUAUGCUGCAGAGCUGUACCAUGACUAUGAACACAUGUAUGAUAGUAAAAAGCAGGCACCGGGAGGCUCAGGGACCUUUCACUACAAUUGUGCCUGGCACUGGUGUGACGCAAACAAAGAAGUGAAUACAGACAAGAUUAAAGAGUGGCAAGAUGAAUACGGUAUUCGAGGCUCAGAAUAUCCCUGUUACUACAACCCUGAGGAUUUCAACAAAGUUGUAAUCUACAAAGUGACUGAUGCCGUUGCCAUAAAUGUGAUGAUCUGGCCUGGACUAUUACUAGUCGCAGGAAUCAUACUGAUUGUGUUUGCCAUAAGACGCAGGGUCUGUUUGUAAGUCCAACUGCGAGUUGAAAGUCCAUAAUAAGCAUUCCAAUGAAUUCCAAAUCAUGGAACAUUCCUAGACCACCAAAGUCCUUCCAAAGUACAUUCAAGUAAGUAGAUGGACAAGUAUCAUAGGACUGAAUUCCACGCAAGGUACAUUCCAAUUUUUGUAGAUGGCAAACCUUGGUGCAGAAUGGCUGUAAAUAGUAUAAAACAGUAGAAGAUUCACUCUGAAAACUAUGAUAAUUCAUACCUCAAAUAUGAGUUGUAACCCAGAAUCACCAAAAUGACUGAUGGUAAUCAACAUUUUGUAAUAUAUUUUUAUAAAUCAAGAGACUACAGGUAAAUUGAGUUAAGUCACAAUUACAAGAUAUGUCAUUCAGCCAUUUUCCUGUUCCAUAUAACAAUUUUGUGUUUAUGCAUUUCAGUGUAUAGAAUACAAUAUAAAUCAUGUUUUUUUUAUACUUGUACUU